AUGCCGGACGAAGACGCGGCGGCGAUCGAACGCGCGCGCGCGGACGAUGCGAGCGUCGCGUCGACGCGCUCGGGGGACGAUGCGGGCGCGAUGGCGCCGCGAUGGCGCUGCGUGGCGUCGAGCGCGGAUUUGCGAGCCGUGAGCUCUAAACGCGUUCGGUUCACGUGCGUCGAUGCCACGCGCGCGCUGGUGAUUUUGGGGGCGAACACUGGGUCGGCGUACGUGUUCGCGCGAUCGAGGGCGCGCGAUGAUGGCGCGGGAGGCGUGGAACGACGCGCGAGAUUCGUCGCGGUGGUGUCGCCGGAAUUGGUCGAGCCGAGCGCGAGACGACAGGGGAAUGUGGGCGCGCGCGCGGCGCCGCAGAGCGUGCGGACGAUCAGAGCGUCGCCAUGCGGACGAAUGUGCGCGCUGGGGUUCGCAGAUGGACACGUGAGGGUGAUUGAGCUCGAUGGAUUGACGCGGGAGGAGGCGCCGCGGAGAAGCGCGCUGGGAUCGACGGUGGCGUUUCUGUCGAGCACGCAUGAAGGACGAGCUGUCACGGCGCUGUCGUGGUCGAGCGAUUCGCGGGUGUUGUAUGCGGGAAGCGAUCAAGGGGUGGUGACGGUGACGUCGUGCGCAGCGUUCGUGGAGUGGUGCGACGGUGGCCGCACGGGCGCGAGACCGGCGCCGGUGAAUAAGACAUCGUACACAGACGUGAGUAGUGCGGUGCAUCAGCUCGAUGCGUCACCGAGCGGUCGUCACGUGAUAACAAGCGCACAAUCUAGCGCACAACUCGUGAUUGUGCAGGGAGCGCAUAGCGGAACGACGUCGAAUAUAGGUAGCAAGCAGCGCGAAGGAUCGUACGGAAGUUGCUUCCACGGGUACGCAAGUUUGAGCGUAGAAGAUGACGAUCCCGUGGAAGAGGAAGACGAAUGGGACGAAGAAUUAGAAGGUGUGAGGGUAGUAGAGCAUGCUGUGGUGUCACGACCGGGGCGUAAGCUGUGGAUUGCCAAAGUGGACAAUGUUGACUCUGAGCGAGCCGACGUGGAAAUCAUGGCAACCAUCAAACCCGAAGUGCCAGUGCCUUCCAGCGUACCAGGAUGGGAUCAAUCGAGUGAAUCCGCGGAUGCGGUGAAACGCGCGUCAAAGAAACUAGAGUUUGGCCUCUUGCAUCGUUUAGGACCUUGCGUGUUGUCGACGACGGAGCGCGCAGUCGCCAUCAUCGACGUCGCUACUCCAGCAAUCGUUAGAUGGUAUCCCCUAAAAGAGCCAGGGAGCGAAAGUUUGAGCGCUGGUUUCGUCGAUGCAUGCACAGUUGAUCAUCGAGCGUUUUUCCUGACGCCAUCUGAAGACAGUGGGAAUUCGGUGUGGUGUUUGGAAUCAUUCGUCGACGCCAAGGCGCUUGCGCAUGACGUCGUGAGCGAGACAUCCUCUGCAAGUGCAUUCAUCCGUGCCCUAGACAUUUGCCGCAAGACAAACUCGUACGACGACGGCUUAUUCAGAAGGGCGAAAGAGGCGUUGGAUUCGUCGGAAGCGGACGCCGCCGGAGUAAAUAGUAGGCUUGCGUUUCUCGUGCAAUGGGGCGAACAAGUGGGCUCGAAGUUGGCGCCGGCGAAGAAGGACACCGAAGUUGACCUGCGCGAGCUCGUGACCGAGGAAGAAGUAUCAUCACCGAAAGCACCAAAGACGCCGGACUUCGAUCUCGGAAAACCACCUCUCGGUAGAGAUCGUUCGACGAUUGAUCGACCAUUGUCCGAAUUGGCUGCCCCAGCUUCGAACGAGUUCCCGAAGGCGGAAACCGAAGGAGGCAUCUUCUUUUACAAUCCUCGUGGCGUUUCCAAGACAUCCAAGGUAGAUGGAGAAUUCGCGCCGAAGGCAAAUGGAAAGGUGAAGAAGCGACACGCGCUCAUUCUGGACGAUGUCGAAUCAAACGAGCCUGCAGUCAUACUACAAAGCAACGUGAAAGUAGUCUCGCCGACAAAAUCCAAGAAUUACGGGGUUGAUUUACCAAACAAUGACAUCGAAUGGGAAGAGUGUGACGCGUUCGAUGCUCAAGAGUGGCAAAAGGCGAUGGAUAGCGUGAAGUGUUUGCUCCCAAUUCGAGGGGCGCAUUUUGAGCAUUGGAGCUGUUACGAAGACAUUAAGACGACGUCGACACUUGACUCCACUGACACUCCAUUGCCCGAGCAAAACGCUCGGAUUCAGUACAGAUUUAUGACGAAUGUACGAGUCGCCGCGAUCGUCGACUCCGUCACGAAACUUAAAGAGUGUCGAAUGAGCCUCGACGCGUCGAUUCUCCUGCCUUCGCUUCGGCGUUGGCGCAAUAUACGCGCCGAGUCGAUUGAACUUCUGACACGCUUUGAAAAGGGCGAAGAUGCACCACUCACCGCUAAGAUAAAACUGCAAUGGAGUUCGCUGUUAGAAAACGUUGAGAAAGAGCUUGACGCAGUGUGUGAUGAACUCAAGCUCGACGUCGCAGCGGUGAAAAAGCAAACGCCGCCAAAGAAUCGUGAGACUCAAACGUCUCUCGCGUCAGCGGAACAUUCGACGGACUCAAUGACAAUGGCAAGUGUAACUGCAGCGUUGACGGAAGGAGGUGCGAUUGAUAUGAGUCAAUCUUUGGAGUCCGAAUGUGUGGCAUCGCUUCGAUCAACCGAUGUUGCAGAAGCGUCGGCUAUCGUAUCAGAAUGUCUUAGGCGGGCGCUUCUCCAGACUUUAGAGUCGCUUGACGGCGCUGACACAUCUGCGGCUCUCGAGCACGGCGUAUCGCAUCUUAUGUUAGUCUCGCGCGUAGGUUCCGCCGCAGUUGGAGCGGCGGAAGUCAUUCGAGCGCUUGCCAAGGCUUCAGAAGAGGAGAAGUUGUCGAAAGCGAUAUCACCGAUGAACACGAACGAAUCCAUAUCCAGAGCUCUCAGUCGUAUUUUCACAAAUGUCACCACAUUCUUGACUUCCGAAAAUUCUGUGGAUUUGGACUUACGCCGUGGCGCUGCCAAGCUUCUCGAGCCACUUGACGCACACUUAUCGCGGCCACCCAUGCGGCAGUUUGGAAGAUUUCCACAGCUCCAAGCCGCGCUCGCGGCGGAGAUCGACGGUGUCGUGGACCAAUUACCGUUUGUAUGUCGCUCGUCUACCGAUGCUGAUGACGGAGUGUCACAAUUUACUCUGAAAGUGCCUCACGAGAACCCAAUCGCGCCCGCCAUCGAAGAUUUUGGCGACUGGGGCAUCAAGAUGGAUCUUCGUCGCUGCCCCGCGUGUAGUCACUCCCUCCUGUGCCCCAACGACGGCGAGCUCAUCACCUUUAUGUGCGCGCACACGUAUCACAAAGCGUGUUGCGCGGCGUCUAUGGCUUGUUUCGCGUGUUGCGCCGACUCCCGCUGA